GCACAAUUCAGCAUAUGACAUGAAACGACUUAGGGUCACACCACAAUUCGCCACAACAAAAAAGUAUUUCAAAUUUCGUGUAAUUUCAUCAGACUUCUUAGAAGAAGCUGAUUAUUUCCAAAUGCGUCAGUUGAUUAACUGAGAUGAUGGGAUCCAGACCAUUCCUUAGCCUGAGCUGGCUCCUCCUGCUCGGCAGUGCAGUGUGUUCUACAAAUCCUAAUCUCGAGAUCAUGAAGCGAAUGCUUGACGACAUGGAUGAAAAAGCCGAACCAUGUCAUAAUUUCUACAACUCCUCCCAAAAGAAUCUUCAGUGGAAGGAGUUUGCGACUGUGAGCGACCAGUUCCAAUUGCUGUUCGAUGGAAUAGAAAACGAAGUAUUCGAAAAGGACAGCUUCGAGGAAAAAUUACAACGCUUCUACAAAAUUUGUUUGACUAAGAAAAGACCCAGUCAGCUAAAGUUUUUUGAGCUGGUGCCACUAGGAGAAGAUAUCACAUGGCCCUUUCUGACACCCGCCGGAAGCGAGUGGCCCAAGGAGAAGUUCAAGUGGAUAGAGGCACUGGCUCGACUGCGACGGUAUGGCAUAAAUGACGUUAUGUUCGGAAUGAGUGUACGGCAGGAUGCGGACAGCGGCCAAGCCAUUGUGGUCUUUGAAAAAAAGUUCGAUUUUCUAUUGCGGUUCAUGGAGUCGCUGCAAAAUAUUGGCUUGCCUCCCAACUUGGCAAAGGAGAUAGCGCCUUUGGAUAAAGCCCUGCAAGAAAUGUACAAAUUAGAUAUGAAUUGGGAAUACAAUGGAAACACUGCACCAGGCCACCGGAUAAGUCUACGAGAGCUGGAAAAUUAUGGGGUGUACCUAACCAAGUAUCUUGAGAUCGUCUUCCGACGCCCCUUUUCGCCAGACUUUGUGGUGCAAGUGGAGAACCUGUACUACAUUAUGGGGCUCUAUGAGCUCAUGACUGCCGUCCCUAGCCAGGUGAUGGCCACUUAUCUUGCGGCACGAUUUAACUUCUAUAUAAUGUUCACGUUCAUGAAACACGGAGGAUCAUGCGUGACUUCAAUGCGCCAUACCAUGGAAUUCGCCAGCAAUCUGCUGUUCGAGGAGCGAAUUCUGGGACGCAGGAAGCUACGUAGCUAUCAAAACCAGGCCGGAAAAAUAUUUGAUGCCAUGCGCAAGCAGAUACAUAUCAGGCUCGAAAGGAACUCCCUUGAGCUGCCAGCCGCUAUGAUUUCCACCCUGCAGCAGAAGUUGAAUGGCUUGAGCCUGAGCAUCGGCAAUCUGCCGGGAAAAGCAGGUCAUCGACGAUUCGUGACCCGAUUCUACAAGGAUCUUGAGUUUGCGGACGACGAGACGUCUGCGACUGCGCACCUGAAGGUCUUGGAGCACCGAACCCGUGCCGAGCUGAGCAUACUGGAUCAACCGAACUUCAGAGACAGACGAUACGUGAUCCAUUCUUUACCUAUUUCGAAUCAUUUCUUCGAAACUGCGAUCGAGGAAAAUGAAAACACGAUUUAUGUGGCCUACGACCUCCUGGCGGAUGAUGCCUUUGAUACCGAUAGUCAUGACAUCUUUAAGAUGACUCCGUUGGGCAUCCGUUUUACUAUGGAGAUGUUAAAAAGUCUCGAUUUGUAUAAUUGCAAACGGUAUAAAGUCAACAUGCUCGAAAUGUUCGAUGAUAACCAAAUUAUUACCGCCGGCGACAAUUGUCUAAGCUUGUUGUCUCAAGAGAAUGCGAAUAGUCAACGCGAGCAGUACCUCGUAGUGCUCCAUUUGGUCCACGAAGCCUACUUCGCAGAGGAUUCCAAGUUCAGCCAGAGGCAGCCCAACUUCACCACAAUGUCUCUGACGGAACUGUUCUUCUUCAGGUUUGGCCAGAGUUCCUUUGGGGAAACCCUGUAUUCUACCAGCGAUUUCGUAGAGGGCGGUCAACCCACAAAUUCUCUUACAAGGCUGCCUGAUUUUGUCCGGGCCUUCAACUGCUUGGCUCCAGAACAGGAGCUUAAGUAGCAUUAACAUAUUUUUCGACCAAGUACCAACUGGGAUAUCAAAUUAAUACAUUUACCACAUUGACUACCUCAUUUAAUACAGUGAUAUAAAAUAAUGUAUGUAUUUUGUAUAAAAUCAUUCGAAAUAAUGCUAAACUUUUGCAGUCUUGAAUCUUGGAACAGAAUUCGAAUUUAAGAGACCUGACAAAUGUACAGUCUUUAAAAACAUACG